AUGUUGAAUAUCGCAGCCAUCAGCCAAGGUAUAUUGAAGAGCCAUCAGCCAGGGCAUGUUGAAGACACAGCCAUCAGCCAAGGUAUAUUGAAGACCACAGCCAUCAGCCAGGGCAUGUUGAAGACCACAGCCAUCAGCCAAGGUAUAUUGAAGACCACAGCCAUCAGGCCAGGGCAUGUUGAAGACCACAGCCAUCAGCCAGGGCAUGUUGAAGACCACAGCCAUCAGCCAAGGUAUAUUGAAGACCACAGCCAUCAGCUAGGGCAUAUUGAAGACCACAGCCAUCAGCCAGGGCAUGUUGAAGAUCACAGCCAUCAGCCAAGAUAUAUUGAAGACCACAGCCAUCAGCCAGGGCAUAUUGAAGACCACAGCCAUCAGCCAGGGCAUGUUGAAGACCACAGCCAUCAGCCAAGGCAUAUUGAAGACCACAGCCAUCAGCCAGGGCAUGCUGAAGACACAGCCAUCAGCCAAGGUAUAUUGAAGACCACAGCCAUCAGCCAGUGUAUGUUGAAGAAGACCACAGCCAUCAGCCAGGGCAUGUUGAAGACCACAGCCAUCAGCCAGGGCAUGUUGAAGACCACAGCCAUCAGCCAGGGCAUGUUGAAGACCACAGCCAUCAGCCAGGGCAUGUUGAAGACCACAGCCAUCAGCCAGGGCAUGUUGAAGACCACAGCCAUCAGCCAGGUAUGUUGA